AUGGAGCGCCGCUGCGACAAGGACGCUCGAUUCGACAACUUCUACCGCAGCUUCAUGAAGGACUACGAAGACCUGCAACACAUGGAAGCUGUAACCACAUCAUCACAACAAGAAGAUACUGCAAGGGGCUACUUACCGCAUCACGGAGUGUUGCAAGAAACGAGCACCACCACUAAGCUCAGGGUCGUGUUCAACGGCUCACAGCUCACGACCUCGGGCACCUCACUCAACACCAGUCUGCUGACUGGUGCCAACCUCUUGCCAGUUCUCGCCGACGUAUUCCUGCGCUGGCGCUGGCACCGUUACGUCUUCUUGGCGGACAUCGAGAAAAUGUACCGCCAAAUUCUCGUUCAUCCAGACGACUGCGAUCAUCAGCGGAUACUUUGGCGGCACCGUGCCGUUGACGACAUCCGCGAAUACCGCUUGCGAACAGUCACGUAUGGCUUGGCGUGCGCGCCAUUCCUCGCCAUACGGACCUUGCACCAGCUCGCCGACGACGAAGGUCACCGAUUUCCGCAAGGAGCUGUCGCGCUGCGCCGCGAUACUUACGUGGACGACGUCGUGACCGGCGCGAGCACCCUCUCGGAGGCCACCGCAGCGCAACGGGAGCUCCGCAGCCUCUGCAUGGCGGGCGGGUUUCCUCUUCGGAAAUGGGCGGCCAACCACCUCAGCAUCCUGGACGGCGUUCCGCACGAGCACCGGCUGACCCACUCACCUCACUCGUGGUCACACGAGAGUCACACAACACUGGGUCUUCACUGGCACCGGGCCAGUGACCACUUCACAUUUUCCCAACCGACACGUCACUUCGACGAACUAACAAAACGGCGUGUCCUGUCCGAAACCGCACGAAUGUUCGAUCCUCUCGGCUGGAUCACCCCGGUCACAAUGCGGGCCAAGAUCCUAAUCCAGUCCGCCUGGCUCCAGAAGAUCGACACUCCACUUCCAUCACCGGACACGCUCGCUUGGAGGAACCUGUUCUCGCAACUUCCGCGCCUCAACGAGAUAAAGGUAUCUCGUUGGCUCGGUAGCGACGGUCCGCACUCACACGUCGAACUACACGGAUUCGCCGACGCAUCGGAGCGAGGGUACGCCGCCGUGGUGUACCUCCGCUCCUCCACUGGAAGGGGCAUCACACUCCACCUGCUGACCGCUAAGGGCAAGGUCGCGCCCGUGAAGCCCGUGUCCUUGCCGAGACUCGAGCUAUGCGCGGCCGCCCUCUUGACGAACCUCGUCGUUCACACGCGCACUCUGCUAAGUUUGUCCUCAGCUCCAGUCUUCCUUUGGUCGGACUCCAGGGUCACUCUUCACUGGAUCCACGGACACGCCUCCCGCUGGAAGACCUACGUGGCCAACAGAGUGUCGCUGAUCCAGGAGCGGCUACCCGAGGCGCGAUGGCGACAUGUGCCGGGCAAGGACAACCCAGCUGACUGCGCCUCCCGAGGAGUUCUGCCCAGCGACCUGGUCGGUCAUCCUCUGUGGUGGACGGGACCAUCCUGGCUUUUAGAGGACCAAGCAAGGUGGCCGAACAACGACGGCGCCCUGCUGAACACUGCUGUGCCGGAGCAAAGAGCCGUCGCCUCACUCUCGGCGGCUGUCAAGGACGUCUCCGAGUCGGCCUUCCUGCUCCGUUUCUCGUCAUUGUACCGACUGCUCAGAGUGACAGCCUGGUGUCUUCGACGGACCGGCACCCGGAGAUUUCGCACCACCGCUGACGCCGCACUCUCACUCGUGUCUUGCGAGAUCGAAGACGCACUCCUUCGCUGGAUUCGCACCACACAGACUCUGCACUUCCUCGGCGAGAUCACAGCACUCAGCAAAGGACGCGUCUUGCCACCCAGAAGUUCUCUCACCAAGCUGAGUCCGUUCCUCGACGACAGCGGUGUAAUGCGAGUCGGAGGACGACUGAAGAACGCCAUCCUGUCUCACGACGAACGGCAUCUCAUCAUCAUCCCACCGGAGUCAAGAGUAGGAUAUAUAGGAGAGUUCUAA